AUGUCUCGUGACUAUAGAAAACAGUCUCUGGGUGCAAACAGUAAUACAAUUGGCAGGCGUAUGAGUUUCAGACAGUCCCUACGCAAUAAGCCAGUCCGUAUUUAUCAACCUACAUAUCGACUUGAUCCAAAGAAACGCUUUGAUGCCGAGAAGAUAGAAAAAAUACUAAAAAGAGUGGUGGACGGGGAAUUAAUUGAGAUUGAGUACAUCGAGAAAGUAGUUCCAGAUUUGUGUAUGAACCUCGCUGAUAUGAUACGCAACGCCGUAAAAGAAGAAAACUAUGACAGGUACAGAAUCAUUGUGAGUGUGUGUAUCGGUCAAAAACGGCAGCAGAGUGUCCAAAUAUUUCAUACGUUCCUAUGGGACCACGAACGUGAUGCCUUUGCCUCGUACAAUUAUGAGAAUCCCCAUAUAUUUGCAAAUGUAGUUGUAUAUGGAGUGUAUCUAGAUUAA